AUGAAUCGAAUAAUUGAUAAAAAUAAUAAUAAAAAACUUAAACGACGAAUUUAUUUAGAAUCCAAUCGAAUAAUGCGUUACAUGCAAGAUAAUUCAUCAGUUAUUGUUGGUGGUCGUGGUAAUCAAGCUUAUAUAUUAGUUACAGCUCCGAUGUACGAUGAAUGGGUUCGAAAUAAUUAUGAGCUUCAAGUUUGGCAAACUUAUUUAAAAAUGGGCACACAAGAUAAACAUUGGGCAAAAGAAAUCAUUACACCUCAAACAAGUGUUAUGAUCACGAAUCUACAAGUUCAAUUAAGUACUUAUUGGACUCAAACUACAGCUGGUGCAAUAAAUUCUAAUUCUACAAUUACGACAACUUCAUCAUCAGCAGCAAAUACUAGUCAAAUUCGUGAUGCAGUCGAUCGUCUGGAAAAAGCUAUUUUAAAAUAUAUUCAACAUUGUACACAACAUAUAAAAAACAUGGCUGAAAACAAAAUUAGAUUAGCACAAGUACAAGCAGAAGAAUAUAAAGCAUUAGAAGAUUUUAAACAAAUAGCGACUCCAAAUCAAUGGAAUAUCCAUUUAAUGUUAAAAUCAAAAAUGAAACAAUGGAAUACAAAAACAUAA